AUGACUACCAUCAAAGGCCCCGGCGCAGCCCAGACCCACGAUGGCUCCGGACUCCGCGUGGCGAUCGUGCACGCCAGAUGGAACACAGUGAUCAUUGACCAGCUGGUAUCGGGAGCGAAGAAGAACUUGCUCGCUGCCGGCGUGCUGCCGGAGAACAUCACAGUCCAGACAGUUCCUGGUAGCUACGAGCUGCCGCUUGCGGUGCAACGCCUCUACGCCGCAUCCCAGCUCCAGGCCAACUCCUCCUCCACGCAGGGCACCAGCGCCACGGACCUCCUGUCCUCGCCAACAGCCGAAGUAUCCGGCUCGACCAACUUCGCCAGCCCGAAGAAACCCUUCGAUGCGAUCAUCGCCAUCGGCGUGCUCAUCAAGGGCGCAACCAUGCACUUCGAAUACAUCGCCGACGCCGUCAGCCAGGGACUCAUGCGUGUGCAGCUUGAUUCGGGUGUCCCUGUUAUCUUUGGCUUGCUUACUGUUUUGACGGAGCAGCAGGGAUUGGAGCGUGCUGGGCUUGGGAAUGGUCAUAUGCAUAACCAUGGUGAGGACUGGGGAAGUGCGGCUGUGGAAUUGGGUCUUAAGCGCAAGGAGUGGGCUGAGGGUAAGAUUUUGUAG